CUCAAGUAAACAUUUGUUAUUAAUUCGUUGAAAGGAAUUUCGUUGUUGAAUGUCGAAUAAUUCGUGGAAGUCUGAAUGGCAAGUAAUACGAUUUGCUGGUGGUUUACGUCCAGUACUUCUCACCUUGCUUGAUAUUAUCGUUGGUUUGCCAACUGCGAUAUUAAUUGUUCGUAUAAUACGCAAAUACAAAAUACCACAAUGUAAUAUAAAACCAAAGAAACUAUUGAAAUUUCUCUUAUUUAUAAUAACAACUUGCGUUGUCCUAAACAUUGUUACCUUGAUCUCGAUUGGUUAUCACAUUAGCGUUAAAAAGGAAACUCUAGUGAAUUUAUUCAACGCUUCGAUGCAUUUCUAUGCUAACAUGGCAUCCUACAAAUAUGCCAUAGACGAAUUACAAUUUGUAUUCCAAUGUUGUGGCCAUAGUUCAUAUACCGAUUGGUUCCUUUUCGAUUGGCAGACUCUUAAAAUUCCUGGACUCGAAUGUGAUCUAGACCAUAUCUCUGAAAAUACAGUCUACUUUUUGUUAAAAUCUUAA